ACGCUUGUCCAGCAGUUAUCCUUGAUAUAUGGGCAAAGAGUUAUAGACGCACUUCGUGAAAGUUUCAAGUACUGAGCGAAUUUGAUGGAUGACUGUGACUGGUCUGAAGACUUGUUCUUUUAAGUGACAUUAAAACGUAUGCGUUUCUCGGAACCACCGGCGAGAUUGUGGCGUAUUUUUUUGUGCGUAAUAGUCGUUUAUUUUCUCCGCUCCAUUUGUGAAAACUCUUGUUCCUCCGUGACGAGACGCUGCAUUUUGAAGGAAGGGCAUCUAACCCAGUGGAUAUGAUGACAGCGCUCAGAAUGGUUUCAUCACUGCUGGUGCUGGUGUUGAUGCAGUCCGGAGCGCUUUGCGCACGGAGGUUCCGGGGUGGCCGCAACCCACAACCGCGACGCGCACCACCUCCUCCAACUUACCGGGCCGACCGGGGCGACACCACGGAGAGCUUCCCUCUGGAUUUCACCGCCGUGGAGGAGAACAUGGAUAACUUCAUGACACAAGUCAAGAACCUCGCGCAGUCCCUGUACCCGUGCUCGGCGCAGAAGCUCGAAAACGACAUGAAGCUGAACUUUUUGGAGAAUACAUCAGUCACCUGCAACGACGGAAGUCCUGCGGGGUACUAUCUGAAAGAAUCGCGAGGCAGCAGGCGGUGGCUGAUAUUCUUAGAGGGUGGCUGGUACUGCUUCAACAAGGAGAACUGCGACAGCCGAUAUGAAACCAUGAGGAGAUUGAUGAGCUCAUCCAAGUGGGCCCAGACUAAAACAGGCACAGGGAUCCUGUCUCCACUGCCGGAGGAAAACCCUCACUGGUGGAAUGCCAACAUGGUGUUCCUCCCGUACUGCUCCAGCGACGCGUGGAGUGGCGCUACGGCCAAAACGGAGCAAAGUGGCUAUGCCUUCAUGGGCUCACUGAUUAUCCAGGAGGUGGUGAAGGAUCUGCUGAACAAAGGUCUGGACAACGCAAAGGUCCUCCUCUUAGCAGGAAGCAGUGCGGGUGGCACUGGGGUCCUGCUGAACGUAGACCGUGUGGCGGAAACACUGGAGGGACUUGGACACACUGGGAUACAAGUGCGAGGUCUGGCUGAUUCUGGCUGGUUUCUGGACAACAAACAGUACCACUGCACAGACUGUGUGGACGCUGUCAACUGUUCACCCACUGAGACCAUCAAGAGAGGCAUAAAGUACUGGGGAGGAGUGGUGCCAGAGAGGUGCCAGCAGGCACAUCAAGGAGAAGAGUGGAACUGUUUCUUUGGAUACAGAGUAUUCCCGUCAAUAAAAAGCCCUGUGUUUGUGGUCCAGUGGCUCUUUGAUGAGGCCCAGCUUACAGUGGACAACAUCCACCUAACCGGACAACCUGUGCAGGAAGGGCAGUGGCGCUACAUCCAGAAUUUGGGCAUAGAGCUGAGAAACACUCUCAAAGAUGUCCCGGCUAUGUUUGCUCCAGCAUGCCUAUCUCAUGAAGUUAUCACCAGAAACUACUGGAUUGACGUGCAGGUUAAAGGCACCUCCCUGCCUCGAGCGCUGCACUGUUGGGACCGGAGCCUCAACGACAACAGGAACAACAAAGCCCCGCCUAAAGGCUGCCCGGUGCAUUUGAUCGACAGCUGCCCGUGGCCACACUGCAACCCCACCUGCCCGACCAUCCGAGACCAGUUCACGGGACAAGAGAUGAACGUGAUUCAGUUCCUCAUGCACAUGGGCUUCGAUGUGCAGAAGAUGGCUCAGCAGCAGGGCAUGGACCCAAGCAAGCUAUUGGGCAUGCUCAGCAGCGGCAGCUAAAGGGACACACACAAACACACACACACAGACACACACUCACACACAUUCAGUAUCUUCAAGCUAUAAGUCCGAGCAGGGCUGUCUGCUCUCUCUGGCCAGUGUCCCAUGCCAAAUACCUCCAAGUACCCAUCCACCAUCACAACCCAUUCUACCUAUGGUCUGUUCCCCUCUGACCUUCUGCUUACUUUAGUCCAAACCUCAUGGUCAUAAAAAGGGGCUUACAUUUUGAGACACAACCUUUUCCAUCAACUACUGGGUACAGGGCCAACAUGCCACCAUGACAAGGCAAAACUCUCUGCUACUCUCCAUUUAAAUUAUCUUUUGCUUUGUAAAAGGAAAGAAAUCAUAACAAAUGUAAUCCAGUUUUAAGGAUGCUCAUUGAUGUUCUGUUUUUUUUUUUUAUAUUAUUUCCAUCCUUCCAUAUAGACUAUAUUAAGUCAUUGUUAAAGGUUGAGUGUGUAGGAUUUAGUGAUAUCUAGUGGUGAAGUUGCAUGUUGCAGCUGAAUAUCCCUCACCUCAGCCUCCGUAAGAGAACCCUCGGUAGCCUUCGGUUGUCAUAAAAGCUCAAAAGGUGUUUAGUUUUUCCUGACUGGGUCACAGUAAAAAACAUGGGGGCCUCCACAGAGAAGACUCACUCCCGAUGUAAAUAUAAGGUAUUUAAAAAUAAAUGGCUCAUUCUAGGAUAAAGAAAACAACGAUUUUUACAAUUAAGGUGAUUACACACGGGUGAAAAUAUCACUAAAUAUUUUAUAUUCUGCCAAUAAAUCCCUUUCACCUAAAUCUUACACACUGGACCUUUGAAGAAAGAAAAUGUCACAAUGAUGUAAGGAUGCUGUUAAUUAAAAACUAUAGAUUAUAUAAGGGUAUAAUUUUGUUCAAACUGUUUUAUAGUUGGGUUCUUGUACACAAAACAACUAAAGUCUCAUUAACAGGGACAUAUGAUGCGUUUUUAAAAGCACUGGAUCAGAAAGGAAAUUUCAUAUUUACCUCUACGAUAGAGAGAAACAACCCUAAUAACACUAAUAAUGCCUUUGAUCAACUUCUCACACUCCACAUAGAUAGGCUUCAGUCUAGGGCUGCAGUCUUUAUUGAUACUUAUAACAGUAGAUCUCACAUUACAAUUUUCAUUUAAAUUUAAAGAUUAAUUAUUGCUCAUGAGUGAUGGUUGUUGUUUUAACCUCUUCUUUAUGAGCAGAGAAUGAGAAACAUGCUAAACAGUAACAAAUUUACAAAUCUGAGGUAGUUGAAAUAAACGUUAAACCUCCUCAAUGUGCCUCCAGAAGCAAUAUAUCGAUACAUAUAUAUUGAACCGUUGUUAUAUUCCUAUUAAUGAAAAUUAUAUUGCAAUAAUUAUCAAUAUUGUUGAAAACCCUCUUGACAGUGUUUAAAUCUAGUGGCAUAAUUUCGACAGCUGUGAAAGACGCCACGGUGUCCAGUCAUAUUGUGUAACUCAUUGCGGUGCUAAAGUGGACCUAGAAACACUUUGCAGGUCUGUCAGUAGCUGUACGUACACACACCAUAGUGCCAUUACAUCUAGUCUACACCUUUCUCACAGGCUGCAUCACCACAAUACGAUGGUCCAGACCCAAUCGAAGGCGACACAUUCAUUUUAGGUCACCUCAGCAGCUCAGCUAUCCUCAGAUCAAUGCAAUGAACAUUUAAAGGGAGACAAAUACCGUGUAUUGUAUAUUUUUUGGAGUAUUUGAAUAGGUUCUUUCAAGCGUUCACUAUUGCAACUCCCUUAUUAUAUUUCAUAAUAGAGAUCACUUAUUAAUAUAAUGACAGUGUUGUAUGUAAUGAUGUCUUUAUAUAUGAUGUUUUUUUUAAAAGACCUCUAUUUCGCAUCACACCAGAGAAGGAAGGGUAUUACAAAUUGUAAUUUUAUUCUGUAACAUAUUUUUUAACAGAUAAAAAAAACUCCAGCUACAUUGGUAAUUUACAUAUUUAUUUUGUUAUGUAAAUCAUAUUUAUAAGUGCUAUUUUCACAGAGAAGUGAUUCUUUGUAAAUUGUAAAUACAUUGCUGUUUUUUUUUCUCUUUUUGUUGAUUGCAUGUCUUUGUAUCAGACCUGAAACAAACGUCACAUUAC